AUGAAGAAAAAUGUGAAAGUGGAGUUAGGCAGCGGGAAUCCUCCAUCGUCCUCUACUAGGGUAUCCGCUAAAGGCUUGUUAAAAUGGAAAACUGUCUUUCCGCUUCGCUUCCUCUACUUCAAUAUCACUACCAUUCCUAGAAGUCUUGAGCUGGUGAGUGCUUCUGAUGAAGAAACCCUUGACAAAGCUCGUUCUCAUCUUAUGGAGGAAAGCAUUCGACAGUUAAAGGAAAUUGGCAAGAUUCAUGAACGAACCGAACAGGAAGUACAAGAACUCCGAGAAAGGGUGAAAGGGCUUUCUGAGAGAAAUUUUUUUCUUGUGAAUGAACUGAGUGAAAGUAUUCGCUGUCAAAAUGAGCUGAAGAAUUUGAAUGAAUAUCUUCAGAUCAAAGAAGACGAUGCCAUUGGUCAUCGUUCGGUGCUCGCCAGCGAGUUAGAGGAGAAGAAUCAAAAGAUCGAGUCCCUAAAGCUUCAAUUUACUCAGAAACUCUCUGAGUUGGAAAUCUCCUGCUCUGAUAAGGAUGUGCAUAUUAAGAUGCUAGAGGAAGAACUUGUUGUUCGGGAGGGGCACCUUGCUGAUAGGGAUGCUGAGAUCAGAGCCUCCAAGCUUUGGUGGUUGGUGCAGGAGGGUAUUCCCUCCUUCGUUCGUGCUUUACUAAACUCUACAAAUUUUAGGGAUCUCAAUGUUGGAGUGAAGACAACAGCUAUUCAACUUGGCCUUCAUCAAGCAUGUAUGGAGAUGAAGGAAAAAUAUGUUGAUGCUUUGGAAGGGAAAAUGUUCUUUAGUCGUACCCCGAUGUGCAACAUCAGGUGA